GAGAGAGAGAGGAGGGGGGAGAAGGAGAGAGAGGUGGAGAGAGAGAAAGACACCAGUAAAGGAAUGAUUCUGUCAUUUUGUUUGCAAGAGAAGAGAGAGGAGAGAAGAGAGGAGAGAAGAGAGGAGAGAAGGUGGCACAGAACAGAGAGAAGGGAGAUACUAGAGAACAUGCACACCGCCCGCUGACAUACAUUCAGCUGGGAGUUGUGGUCUAUAGGAAUCAUGUUGACUCUACCAUAUGAAGAACCAGAUAUGACGUAUGAGCCCCGGUUUGGAGCCAACUACCCCCGUGGGAGCUUACCGGAUCUGGAGCCAAACCCAAUACACAGCCUGAACGUCACGUCGGACCCGAAGAGAGAGGGCGAGGAAGAGCCAGACCCGAUACACAGCCUGGACAUCACGUCGGACCCGGAGAGAGAGGGCGAGGAAGAGCCAGACCCGAUACACAGCCUGGACAUCACGUCGAACCCGGAGAGAGAGGGCGAGGAAGAGCCAGAUCCGAUACACAGCCUGGACAUCACGUCGGACCCAGAGGAGGGUGACAUCUCAGAAAGAGAGGACGAGGAAGAAGAGAGAGAGGACGACAUACAGCAGGAUGAAAACUGCCACCCCAGAAAGAGAGGACCACGGAGAAAGAAGUUGACUAAAGGUAGACAGGAGAGGGUCACAGUGCGCCGUCAUGAGGCAAACGCCCGUGAGCGCAGCAGGAUGCACGGUCUGAACGACGCUUUAGAGAGCCUCCGAAAGGUGGUGCCCUGCUACUCCAAGACCCAGAAGCUCUCCAAGAUAGAGACUCUGCGCCUGGCUAAGAACUACAUCUGGGCCCUGUCAGAGACGCUGUCUGCGGGCAAGAAGCCGGACCUGCUGGGGUUCGUUCAAACUCUGUGUAAGGGCCUGUCCCAGCCCACGACCAACCUGGUGGCUGGCUGUCUGCAGCUGAAAGCCAGGUCUUUCCUCACGGACCACAACGGAGAGGUGACAUACCCCGGUAGUACGGCCCACUAUGACAACAUGUAUCCCUACCCCGGGGCAGAUCUGGGCACGGCCCCUGGACAAGCCUGCAGCACCCUGGGCAGUGCCAAGCCGUCCUACCACAGCCGGCACUACAGCUACGGUGGCCAGUACGAGCCAUACUACGACCACACGUCUCCUGAGGGAGGAAGGGAGGGACACCUAGGCGGACAGAUCAGCCCUCCUCUGAACUUUAACGGCAUAUUCUCUCUGAAACACGAUGAACCGGAGGAGUACGGGAAGAGCGGCCACUAUGGGAUGAGAUACAGUUCUGUGCCCGGUCACGGCUCCCUCAGCUCGGCAUCCACGUACCGGGACUCGCCAGAGGGCCGGUUACACUAUGAAUUACACCUUCGGUCCGCAGGGCAGACCCACAAGGCUGAGACUCAGAGCCAGCAGGCAGAGCUGCCAGGCUGGGACUCAGAGCCAGUAGGCAGAGCUACCAGGCUGGGACUCAGAGCCAGUAGGCAGAGCUACCAGGCUGGGACUCAGAGCCAGUAGGCAGAGCUACCAGGCUGGGACUCAGAGCCAGUAGGCAGAGCUACCAGGCUGGGACUCAGAGCCAGCAGGCAGAGCUACCAGGCUGGGACUCAGAGCCAGUAGGCAGAGCUACCAGGCUGGGACUCAGAGCCAGUAGGCAGAGCUACCAGGCUGGGACUCAGAGCCAGUAGGCAGAGCUACCAGGCUGGGACUCAGAGCCAGCAGGCAGAGCUACCAGGCUGGGACUCAGAGCCAGUAGGCAGAGCUACCAGGCUGGGACUCAGAGCCAGCAGGCAGAGCUACCAGGCUGGGACUCAGAGCCAGUAGGCAGAGCUACCAGGCUGGGACUCAGAGCCAGUAGGCAGAGCUACCAGGCUGGGACUCAGAGCCGACAGGCAGAGCUACCAGGCUGGGACUCAGAGCCGACAGGCAGAGCUACCAGGCUGGGACUCAGAGCCGACAGGCAGAGCUACCAGGCUGGGACUCAGAGCCAGUAGGCAGAGCUACCAGGCUGGGACUCAGAGCCAGUAGGCAGAGCUACCAGGCUGGGACUCAGAGCCAGCAGGCAGAGCUACCAGGCUGGGACUCAGAGCCAGCAGGCAGAGCUACCAGGCUGGGACUCAGAGCCGGCAGGCAGAGGCAUAAUUAAUAGAACACUUAAAAGGUUAUACUUCCCCUGUUACUAUUCAUCACACACACACACACACACACACACACACACACACACACACACACACACACACACACACACACACACACACACACACACACACACACACACACACACACACACACACACACACACACACACACACACACACACACACAGAGAGAGAGAGAGAGAGAUCACCCGUGGAAGGAGCACGGUGUGCCGAUACAAAGUGUUUAACAUGCAAUUUAUUGAUUGAUAAGUUUAUGAAUGUAUUAAUUUCUUCCCUGUGUAUUGAAUUAUCUAUGUAACUAUUUGUUUAUUCCUUGACCUUAACAUAUAGCAGUUUGUCACAGGGAAUUUGACACUGGUUUGAUUGCAAAUGUUGUGUAAAAAUAUUUUCUAUUGUGUUUUUAAAAUUGGGCCUAUAUCUAUAGCUGAUAAACAACUAGGCUACUGAAUCAUAUUAAUACAAUUAUUAUGGAAACUUGGAGACGACCAGCGGUGUAGAUUAUCAAGGUAAAAAGCAAACACCAAUUAUCAUCUCAUCAGGGAAUUAUGUUUCAUUUGACUUGUUUUCGCCGUGAGGAGACCUGCAACAAUCUUCUAUAAAGAGACGCAAUGCCAGAAAUAUCUGAACUACAGGAAGAGAUUCCAGGGAAACAUGUUCAAUAGUGAUUUAAUCCCACAUAAGAAAGGCCUCUGUAAUGCUAUAGGCCUUUCUGCUGACUGGGUGCAUGUUGGAAUAUAGGUGUUUAAAUAAGGCUCAUUAAUUAUGUCGUCGUGCCAAAGCCUCAACGCAGCAGCUUAGCUCAAUGUAAUUUUAGCUCAAAUUAACGCUUCAACUGUAUAAAAGUCAAAGGAAAAUGCAUUUGUAUUUAAAUCAGUGAAGUAAAAAAAGGUGAAUGUGAUCGCUUAAUGUAUAUGAAAAACUAUGAUCCAUUAGUUUACGAAUAGGCCUACUUCAUUUUUUUUGUCUUAAUAAUGUGUUUAGAAAUAAUGUGAAUGAAAUAAUUUUGUGAAAAUGUUUCGGUGCAGUAUUGAGUGACUGUUGUUCUGUAAAUCAUCAUCAAUAUUGAUCAUCACCUCCAUCCUCACUAUUCUUACUGAAGAACAUCAUAAUAUCAUGAGCCAGAACACAGUACAUACACUUAGAGGAAAACGGUUCUGGAUAGAAUGGUUAUAUGCUAGCUUUAUGUAUGGCACCCUUCAGGUUCUAUAUGAAACCUUAUAUGGAAGCCAAGUGUUCUAUAUGGAACCCAAGUGUUCUAUAUGGAACCAAUUUUGUUUUAGUGAAGAAGAACCCCCGGGGUUCUGAUCAAACAACCCUACAAAAGGGUUCUGUACCUAACCUUUAGGUGGGCCAUAUAUGAAGCAAGCAAUACCCUUUUUGGUUCUAUCCAGAAGGGUUAGGGUUUUAUAAGAGUUAUUUAUGGAUAUUUCUAAGCCUUACUUUGACAGAGUUGUUGAGGCCAGAUAUGCACCAGUAUGGGGACCAUGAUUAUGGGGUUUGGGCUGUGGACGGUAUUGUUAUUGUUUUUACUUUAGCCUUUAUUUAUCUAGGAAGUCCCAUUGAGGUUAGAAAGCCUCUAUAAGCAUUAUGUGGGAUUAACCUGCGGUAACCGACAAAUGCGUAGCAGCUUCAUUGAUUUUAUUUAUGUGGUGUCAGCUGUCAAAUCAACAAGCGGCUCGCAGCAUUAUAUCUAAAGACGACAUUACCAUUACAAGGGCCAACUGGCAUUAGUAAUAAUCCCAUGUAGACUUGUUCAAACACUGGAAUGUGUGAUGUAAUCUACACCUUGAUUAGGCUGAUAUAAAUCCUUAUUAUCUUGUUUCAUGAUUUUCUAUUUGAGUGUCAUUAAUUCUAUAUAGCCUAGCUACAUUUUCUCCUUCUGAAGGGUCGUGACAACCACAUGAGCAGCAAGCCGCUCACCGAUGUGACAGCUCUAAGGCAGUUACACCUCCGCAAAAACACCAGCUAUCGGUGUGUCGGCUUUUGUGGGUAAACUCUUGAUCAGACAGUGGCUAUAGACUUUGGCCUGUGUAGUCCUACACGGUAAGAGUGAUGGGUUAUGUACAGUAAUGUGUAACUGUCCCAUGAUAGAGGAUAGAUGAUCUCUCAAUUCACACACACACACA